AUGGCCACUACAUACGAAGAAUUUGCUGCGAAGCUCGACCGCCUCGAUGCCGAAUUCGCCAAGAAGAUGGAGGAGCAGAACAAGCGAUUCUUCGCUGACAAGCCUGAUGAGGCUACGCUGUCCCCUGAGAUGAAAGAGCACUAUGAAAAGUUCGAAAAAAUGAUCCAGGAGCACACGGACAAGUUCAACAAGAAGAUGCGCGAGCACUCAGAGCACUUCAAGGCCAAGUUUGCGGAACUCCUCGAGCAGCAGAAGAAUGCCCAGUUCCCCGGAAAAUGA